CAGUGUCAGGGAGGGUAGAAAAAGCGCUCUCCUGCUCCCUUGCAAAGAGGGGACCGGGCUCUGCCAGCAGCCCCGGCCCACCCCAGGGCUGCGGGGAAGGGCGAAGAAGGAGCGAACCCGGCGAGUCGGGCAGGGGCUGGGGGCGUUUCUCGGGCGAGCCCCCGAGCUGCUGGCCCUGCCGGGGGGCUCCGCCCAGGACCCCAGCGCGGCUCCCCAGCCAGCCGCCCCCCGGCCCCGGCCAGGAGCCAUGCAGCUGCCGUGCCGGAGCUGGGCGCUGGCGCUGCUCACCCUGCUCGUGGGCUUCCUCAUCUUCGCGGACAUCUCGGAGCUCGAGGAGGAGGAGACCGGGAAUUCUGGAGGCAGAGGUACAAUCAGAUCAGCUGUGAACAGCUUACAUAGCAAAUCUAAUAGAGCUGAAGUAGUAAUAAAUGGCUCUUCAUCACCAGCUGUUGUUGACAGAAGUAAUGAAAGCAUUAAGCACAUUAAACCAGCUUCAUUCAGAUGGAGACACAACCAGACACUCUCUUUGAAGAUCAGGAAACAGAUCUUGAAGUUCCUGGAUGCAGAGAAAGACAUCUCAGUGCUGAAGGGGACCCUGAAGCCCGGGGACGUCAUACACUACAUCUUUGACCGGGACAGCACCAUGAAUGUCUCACAGAACCUCUAUGAGCUGCUGCCAAGGACCUCGCCCCUGAAGGGCAAGCACUUCCGGACCUGUGCCAUUGUGGGCAACUCAGGGAUCCUGCUGAACAGUGGCUGCGGGAGAGAAAUCGAUGCUCACAGCUUCGUGAUCAGGUGUAAUCUGGCCCCUGUUCAGGACUAUGCCUGGGACGUGGGGAUGAAGACAGACCUUGUGACUAUGAAUCCGUCUGUCAUCCAGCGGGCCUUCGAGGACCUGGUGAACGAGACCUGGAGGGAGAAGCUGCUACAGCGCCUCCACAGCCUGAACGGCAGCAUCCUCUGGAUCCCGGCAUUCAUGGCCAAAGGGGGCAAGGAGCGCGUGGAGUGGGUCAACGAGCUCAUCCUCAAGCACCGCGUCAACGUCCGCACCGCCUACCCCUCGCUGCGCCUGCUGCACGCUGUCCGAGGGUACUGGCUAACAAACAAAGUGCACAUAAAACGACCAACCACCGGCCUGCUUAUGUACACCCUGGCCACCCGCUUCUGCAACAGGAUCUAUCUCUAUGGCUUCUGGCCUUUUCCCCGGGAUCAGAACCAGAACCCCGUCAAAUACCACUACUAUGACAGCCUGAAGUACGGCUACACCUCCCAGGCCAGCCCCCACACCAUGCCUUUGGAAUUCAAAGCCCUAAAGACGCUGCACCAGGAAGGAGCCUUGAAACUGACAGUCGGAGAGUGCGAUGGGGCCACGUAAGACAGGCUUCUGUGGCUCACGUUCCUGCAGGCUACACACCAUGGGAGGAUGGGGGAGCGGGAGAAAAGGCAGAGCAGUGGCUAGUGGGGUUGGUUUUCUUUGUUAACAUGCAGAACAGUGACAAAAAUAUAUAUACAUGGUGCCUAUAUAUAUUGACCUGAGUAUUAUAAGUGUUUGGUGUUCCCCCAGGGAAGGACAGAUGAGUUGCAGGAGAGUCUGAAGCUGCUGCCCGGGCUCGAGGCUUUGCCUUGAGCUGGUUAGGCUCAGAAGGAAGUUAGUUCUACAAUGUCAAAAAUGCUUGAAGGUCACCUUGGUUUUUCAGAGUACUUUAGGGUGACAGGUAAAUGUUGGGCCAUGUGUGUGACUGGUCCAAGGUGGGUAGUUAGGGUCUGUUUGGCCAAGAACCCACAUGCUGGCACUUCCCAGUAUAUAGUGUUCUUGGCUUAGUGCUAAUAAUGGGGUUGUGGGGGGAGCGGGGAGGGAGCCUUUGUUUGUGGCUAAAGAGCUGAGAGGUUGCCUGAGUGACUGGACAGGAACUGAGAAAUGCAGCAGGACCCAGUUGAGCACCGUGGUCCCUUCUCUGCAGCAGGACGACCAUACUCUCUCCCGGUGAAUGGCACGCAACAUCGUUCAGAUGCUUACCAGUUCAGAACUAUCCCAUGUGGUUUGGUGAGAAGGGUGCCACAGUCAGAGCAGCCUGUUUGGAAAGGCCAUCGGAUUCUGGACAGAGCCCUUGAGAUGCAGCGUGAGACUCACCCUAGUGACUGUGACUCCAGGAGACACCGGACAGGGCCCUUAAAGGCAGGUUUGAAUGAAGUUUGCUGUCAAAGGAGACACAGGACCUUUCGGGAGCAGGAGACAACACAGGGGCUAGUGAAGAUCAGACUGGGCUGACAUCUCAGAAGGACGCUGUGUUUAUGUUUUUUUAUUCCUCUCCUAAAAAACUAACAGAAAAAGCAAAAACACUGGAAAGUAGCAGGUGGGCUGCUGAAACCAGUGCAGUCAGUGCUAAGUCUUACACUGUCAAAGCCACUCAGCAUCUUCCAGAGCUCAUGAAAACCAUAAGCACAUUGUAACUCCUGCUUCCCGAUCACUGCCUGCUAAACAGCCCUUCCUUCUCCCUACUCCAAAAUUAGUAACAGGCCUAAGUCUCAGCUAAGCAGAAAGCUCAAAAGUGAGGGUGUAAAAGGACCCUGUCAAGAUUAAAUCAUACAGGUGACAUUCAUGUCUGAGCAGAGAACCACCAUGAGGCCUGUGCACUACUUAAGACCUAGCUAAUCUUUAUGUUGAAGACUUAGGUAGGACUUAAGUGGUACUGUAUAUAGAUAUCAAGCUGGCCCUCCACACACGGGUGAAUUUCACUCAUAGUUUAAAUAAAUCAGCCCCUUCCCUGCAUUACUAUUACUACUUACAGUAAAAAGAGUGAAGUCGUUCUUAAAAAAACAAAUUUGCUUUCCACUUUUUUUGUUUGUUUGUUUGUCAGUGAGACUAGAUUGAUCUGGUUAGUCAAUUUCACUUCCUGUUUCUAUUCCAGUUUCCUUGCCUAACUCUCCUUUGUCAGCAGAACAUAGUUGGGUUUGGGUUACAAAGAGUGAAGAAGGUUUAAUUUAAACUACAACAGCAACAAAUGGCAUUACAGAAUUUUGUCAUAAAUUGUGAAAGAGUUCCUGUUAGUAUUAGUUUUUUGUUAUCUAUAUGCCUACAUUGUGGGGUUAAACUACUUGAGACUGAUCCUUUGAAAUCUGAGUGCCAGCCUCCAUAACUUUUAAAAGGUAAAACUGUAUGUCAUGUUUAUGAACAAAAAAUUGCCAUGCCUAUAAGACCAUCUAGUCUAAUAAUUAGUGUCCAACCUGAUUCACAUUAAGGUGCAGGUAACCAUUAUGGAUUAACCCGCCUGUAGGAGAAGUUUCUUCCUAACCCAAGGAAAUUAUAUCCCUUAUUUUAUUUUUUAGCCCAGAUUUUUAAAUUCAUCUUGAUUUUCUGAGUAUACAUCCUACCUUGUACCUUGAUAUAAUUACUUGUAAUUUUUGAGAGACGGGAAGAGAUUAAAAAGAAAGAAGCAUCAAAAACCAAAUCUGUUUUAUGAUCAUGAGAGGCUUUACUCAAUGGAGUAAUGAAUGGUCAUUCAAGACAGCCCAUCUUCUCCGCCAUUCAUGCCCAGCUAGGAGGCGGUGGUGGCUAAAGGUGAAGCCACUGGAUUCUUAACCUCAACUUCUUACCUUUUGCGAGUGGCCCUAGGCCAGGUAGCGAUUUCUGUUGCCAUAACUUUGUUCAGAAAUAAAAUAAAUGGUGUGACUUUUAUUCUUAAACCGAUUAGAAAAUAAAAAAGCUACUACAGUGCCAUAGCCAGUACCCUUGCACGUUCCACGUCUGUGGCAGUAGCACAGCCUAGUUUCCUUGCGGCAGAGAUUGGGGGUCUCGGAAGCGAAAGGGAUUGCUUGCCUUGCUAAAAAGAAGGUGUGGCUAUUACUUUAAGGUCUUCCUGCAAGAUAUUUUAAAACACCUGCAAAGCCGCAUGAGGUCUAGCCGAGAGCAUUACGUAACGGGCAGUUUUUUUCUUUAAAAAAAUGCAUUUUUGUUUUCCUGGUUCACAUGUACCAGCUACUGGGCUUGCUGUUUGAUUGAAUCAAAGCACAUGCCAGCUGUACACAAAGCAACUCAGCAGGCCGAGUAUCCCAGUGACACUGCUGCUCCUGGAAUGGACCCCCGGCAUUCACUCUUGAAACAAAAUGCAUUAAACCAGGGAUGAUUUACUCAAUGGCAAAUCCCCCCAUUCUCUUCAGUGGGAUCAGGUUUGGUGGUUUAAAACAAUGACUCUGCUUUACACAAUAAUCACCGGCAAAAAUCAUAUUUAGGAUCUGCCAGUUAUAAGUUAUUUGUGUGCACAAAAGCAUCUGGAAAGAAUCCCAUUAGCUUUACUGGGUUUGGCCCUAAAGACCCAUCCUGUGAAACAUUACUCAGUAUGUUGCCACCUCUAGGCAGCUCUCACAUGACAUCUGGACAGCUGCCUGGCCAGCUCCAAUGGACAGCGGUAGCCAAUGAGUUGAAAAACUCACUGAAAACUUACAUUACCAUCCCUGCUUUACCUAAAGGGCUAGGCCAACUGGCACAAUACACCCCAGCACUAACCCAGCAUCUGAGCCUAGACAAGCCAAUACAGCAGGUUGGCUUUUUUGUUAGAGGAUACGGGAGCUGCUGAAUUUCACAUUUGCCUUCCCCUCUGUAAUGGCUGCUAUUAGAUGGAUGCAGUUUGGAUUUCUCAGUCAAAUGGUGGCGGUGGGGGGGGUCUUAAUAAAUUCUUACUGCUGCUGCUUGGAACUGUGCAGGAAGCCAUCACACCAGAUGUCACUGGGACUAACCUGCUCCAGGAGGCUGCUGCUUGAUAAAUUUCUUCAUGCCUAAUUAAGGCUCCUCUUCCAAAGCGAAUGAAACAAAAAGUUUAUUGAUGCUGCUCAAAUGGGAAUUCAGGCACAUGUGUUGCACUAUGAAUGUCCUUAAUAACCCCCCAACUGACAGCAGCAGCUUCCCACACAGGCUGGCACAUGCUCUCAUUCUACUGCCUGUCUUUUCCCUUUUUCUCUCUUCCUCUCUUGCUCUCCAUCUCUGUCUGGUUCCAUAUGUGGGUCUGGCCCUCUUUUAUCUCCCCCCCCCCGCAUUAAAAAGGACAUUUCAAACCUCACUGCAACUUAUACCAGCAUUUCCUAUAGCAGCGAUUGGCAACCUUUGGCAUGCAGCCUGUCAGGGAAAGCCACUGACAGGCCAAGCUGGUUUGUUUACCUGCAGCAUCUGCAGGUUUGGCCGAUCGCAGCUCCCACUGGCCGCGGUUCACCGUCCCAGGCCAAUCGGGGCUGCGGGAAGGGCGGCAGGCACAUCCCUCGGCCCACGCCACUUCCCGCAGCCUCCAUUGGCCUGGGACGGCAAACCACGGCCAUUGGGAGCCGCGAUUGGCCAAACCUGCGGAUGCCGCAGGUAAACAAACUAUCCCAGCCUGCCAGCAGCUUUCCCUGGUGGGCCACAUGCCAAAGGUUGCCAAUCCCUGCCCUAUAGUAACCUGGAGUGGGCUUCUUACUAUUGCUAGUGUAAAACCGAACAUGCUUUCUAUGGACCAAAAUAAAAAAUGCAGAAAAGCUGUUAAAAUGGAACAGAAAUGGCAGAUGUAGAGUGGAGAGUUUAUUACUCUUUCUCUAUGCUAGGAAAUGGAACUGGUGGCAAGCCUUGAACUGGUGCUGAAGGCAUGAGAACAUAAGAAUGGCCAUACUGGGUCAGACCAAAGGUCCAUCUAGCCCAGUUUCUUGUCUUCUAACAGUGACCAAUGCCAGGUGCCCCAGAGGGAAUGAACAGAACAGGUAAUCAUCAAGUGAUCUAUCCCCUGUCGCCCAUUCCCAGCUUCUGGCAAACAGAGGCUAGGGACACCAUCCCUGCCCAACCUGGCUAAUAGCCAUUGAUGGACUUAUGCUCCAUGAAUUUAUCUAGUUCUUUUUUGAACCCUGUUAUAGUCUUAGCCGUCACAACAUCCUCUGGCAAGGAGUUCCACAGGUUGACUGCGUUGUGUGAAAAAAUACUUCCUUUUGUUUGUUUUAAACCUGCUGCCUAUUAAUCUCAUUUGGUGGCCCCUAGUUCUUGUGUUAUGCGAAGGCGUAAAUAACACUUCCUUAUUUACUUUCUCCACACGAUUCAUGAUUUUAUAGACCUCUAUCAUAGCCUAUAAAAGCAAUUUCACACACUGCUUGUGUAGCCAGGACUAAACCAUUUUCAGCACUGUUAUAGAAAGCUCAGCUGAGUGUUGGUUCCACCUGCACUAGAAGCAUUUCUCAGCCUCGGGGUGAAUUGCUGAGAUCAGCUCUUAAUAAUGAGCCAGUCUCCCAGUGUAGAUGGAGCGGGGCCUUAAUGGUACAGAAGAGAUACUCUUACAUGGUAUCAGUGAAUGGUGCCAGCCUCCGAGUGCUGGAGCAGGAAGUUCUCAGUCACCACGAGAGUGCAGCAACACAAGGCCAGAACUAUCCCAACCCUGACCUCUAGCAAUGAGAGGAGACUUCGUUCUCUAUAAUCAUUCCAGUCCUUGGUGUCUGAGUUGAUGCCCCACAAGACAGCCAAUCAGAGCCAGCUGUGGUGGUACUAGGGAUUGAACUCACACCAUCAAAAUGGUUUUACAUAGACUGCCAAAAGGCCAGCAAAUGGUAACAACUUUUGAGCGCUCCUGAUCUAGGCUGGAUUUGAACUUGAACUUGGAUAUAGAGGUGAAAGGCUCCAUAUCAUUUAACUGCAUGCUUGAGUCAUCUGGGCACCCUUAAAGAGGACUCUGGCAUGCCAGCUGUGCAGGCUUCCAUCUAACACUGCACCCCAUGCUAGUCAGUGCAAGAUGGGUGAGCUGUGGAACAUGCACUGGUCUACAAGAGAGACUGUGCAGCCAGCCCAUUUUAUGGUGUGAUGGUGUUUCGUUAUCCAAAGCAACGGUUCCUUCUGGGAACUG